AUGUCUUUCCUUUUCGGAGGCCGCCCCCAACCCUCCUCGGCGGAGAAAAUUGCCGCCGCAGAGACUGAAGUUGAGAUGGUUUCAGACAUGUUCAAUAGACUGGUUCAAUCCUGCACGAAAAAGUGCAUUCCUACCGACUACCGUGAGGGCGAUUUGAACAAAGGCGAGUCUGUCUGCCUAGACCGUUGCGUCUCAAAAUUCUUCGAGGUCAACGUCAAAGUUAGCGAGAAAAUGCAAGGUGAGGCGGCCGGACGAGCCGGCGGCAUGGGAAUGGGCAUGUAA